AUGGCCCCCUUUUCGAUGAAAUGCAAUGCAUGCGGCGAGUAUAUCUACAAGGGCCGUAAAUUCAACCCGCGAAAGGAGACGACCGAUGAGUCGUACUAUGCAAUCAAGAUAUUCCGCUUCUACAUUCGCUGCACGCGAUGCUCUGCGGAAAUCCUGUUCAAAACAGGCCCACGAAACAUGGACUAUACAUGUGAGAAGGGCGCAACCCGCAACUUUGAACCAUGGCACGAGGCCAAGCUCGCCGAAGAGACCGAUGAGGAACGUCUGGACCGCCUGGAGCGCGAAGAGGCCGAGCGCGAUGCCAUGGCCGAACUGGAAGUGAAGACAUACGACGCAAAGAUCGAGUUUGCCGUCGCCGACGCCCUGGACUAG